AUGUUCAUUAUUAUUCACUCCUUGAUUUGUGUUUUUCUAACAGCUCUGGGAUCCCAGAAUACAACAAUGCAUUUUGUGACUGAGUUUGUCCUCCUAGGUUUCCGUGGUCCAAGGGAGAUGCAGAACUUCUUCUUCUCAUUGCUCCUGGUAUUCUAUCUCCUGACCCUGCUGGGGAAUGGGGCUAUUGUCUGUGCAGUGAAAUGGGACAGGCGACUUCACACACCCAUGUACAUUUUCUUGGGAAGCUUUGCCUUCCUAGAGAUUUGGUAUGUUUCCUCCACUGUUCCAAACAUGCUGGUCAACAUCCUCUCUGAAACCAAGACCAUCUCCUUCGCUGGCUGCUUCCUCCAAUUCUAUUUCUUCUUUUCACUGGGCACAACGGAGUGUUUCUUCUUAUCAGUUAUGGCUUAUGAUCGGUUCCUGGCCAUCUGUCGCCCACUGCACUACCCCUCCAUCAUGACUAGGAAGUUCUGUGUGAUCCUGGUCAGUGGUUGCUGGGUGAGUGGGUUUCUCUGCUACCCUGUCCCCAUUGUCCUUAUCUCCCAACUUCCCUUCUGUGGACCCAACAUUAUUGACCACUUUGUGUGUGACCCAGGCCCAUUGUUCGCACUGGCCUGCAUCCCUUUAUAUGAACUGUUGACNAGAGCUGUGCUACGGAUUCCUUCUUCAACUGGGCGGCAAAAGGCCUUCGCCACCUGUGGAUCCCACUUAGCUGUGGUGUGUCUGUUCUAUGGAACAAUAAUGGUGAUGUACGUAAGUCCAACAUCUGACAACUCAAGUNCGGCAGGAGUGCAGAAGGUCAUCACGUUGGUAUACUCAGCAGUGACGCCACUCCUAAACCCCCUUAUCUAUAGUCUCCGAAACAAAGACAUGAAAGAUGCCCUAAAGAAAGUCCUGGCAUUAAGAAUGAACUCUAACUGA